CCUUCCUCAACCCCCAUUCUGAAACAUAGUGAUCUGGACCAAUCAUUCCUAUCAUCUCCAAGUGUAGUAGACAUGAAAGACACUUCCUUCCAUCCGUCAGAUUUUACAUCUGAUUCAGAAAAUGAAGAAGAGAUUGACUGUGGUGAAGAUGAGGGUGGGGAUGAUGGAGAGGAUGACUUCAUUUCUGGAGAUGAUGACUCGCAGUACUAUGUCGUGCACAAAGACAAGAUUCGUGAAAGGUUUAAGACAUGCCACUGUGGGGAACCCUUAUUGAUCACAGAACAGUUCACAACUGGCUCCAUGCUGACUGUCAAGUACGAGUGUACCAGUUUUCACAGAGGGACCUGGGAAUCCCAGCCGAAGGUUGGACGUAUGGCAGAGGGCAACCUCUUGACAUCUGCAGCUAUACUUUUUGCUGGGGGAAGUUAUCAGAAAUUCAGUGACAUCUGUAAUACUCUAAAACUGAAACUGUUUUCCGAGACGUACUUCAUGAAUGUCCAAAGGACAUUCCUCCUACCUGCCAUCAAUGAUUUCUACAUAUCACAACAGGAAUUCACCCUUGAUGCAUUCCGUAAUGCAGGCACAGAAAGUCCUGAAGAUCAAAUCCAGGUCACUCUCCUAGGUGAUGGGAGAUGCGACACUCCUGGGCACAACGCAAAAUACUGUUCUUACAGUCUAAUGGAGGAAACGUCACAACUCAUCCUCGAUUUCCAACUAGUACAGGUUAGCGAGACAACAAGCUCUAAUGCUAUGGAAAGGUUGGGUUUUGAAAGGUCGCUGGACUUCCUGGAAGAGGAGGGAAUCAAGAUAGACUGCAUUGUAACGGACCGGCACCGGGGAGUGGGGGCUGUCCUGAAGAAGAGACGUGACAUCAACCACCAAUUUGAUCUCUUCCACUUUGCAAAAUCCAUUACGAAGAAGCUAACGCAAGAGGCCAGCCGAAGAGCAAAGAAAGACCUAGGCCCGUGGAUAAAAUUCAUUGUGAAUCAUCUGUGGCAUAUCUCAGAUACCUGCCAAGGAGAUGAUGUGCUCCUCCAAGAGAAAUGGCUGUCCAUGUUGAAACACAUUGGCAACAUCCAUGUGUUUCCUGAAAACAGCAUCUUCACCCAGUGUGCCCACCCUCAUCUAGACAGAGCCGACACAGAUGACAUCAUGUGGUUGCGGCCAGGGUCCCCCCCACAUCAGGCGUUGUACAACAUCGCAACUAACAAAACACUGCUUAAAGACUUGUCACACUUGACAGGCUUCAAGCACACAGGGACUGUGGAGGUGUUUCACUCCAUGCUUCUGAAGUAUGCACCGAAAAGGCAGCACUACUUUUUCCAUGGAAUGAAGGGGAGGUUGCAGCUAGCAGUACUUGAUCACAACGAAAACGUGCUGAGAGAGCAGGCAAAGACACUUGAAGAUGAGGCUAGACGCUCUGCUGCCUUCUCUAAGAGAACGAAGCGCUGGGUCUACAGAAGGCUAUUCGAGGGGAAAACGUAUGAAUUCAGGGAGUACCUGAUGGCAGAUGUGGUGCGAAGGCAGGCGAGUGGCCAGUACAAGUGUGGCAAGGUGGUGCUGCCAGAUCCGGGCCCUGACAUCUCUGGAAACAUUGCUCCAGAGGAGCGUGGUGACAAGCAAGCAAUCAUUGAUGGUUACAUGACUCGUUUCGGACUCCGCUAGCUUUACAUACUCAGAGCAUAAUAUCACUAGUACUGUUUUCACUGUAGAUGGAGGCAAGUUCCAUAACACUGUAACACUGUACUGUUUAUUCCUCUUAUGGAUGUCCACCACUGGGGUCCAUCCGAGUGUAUAUGCAUAAUGGUUUCUCUGGGUGUAUAGAGCCCAGGAUAACCCUACCUGCCUGUUUUGGAGUUUCUUCAGUUUGUCUAUGUAAGCCUUGCUGCCUUGGUCCCAGACAGUACUGCAGUACUGUAAGUGUGGAAGGAAAAGGGAUGUACAGUAUAUAUUGUCAGUAAGGCUUGUCUGUUGAUGAAAGGCUUCAGGCACUUCAUGAUACCGAUAGCUUGCGAGAGUUUCUUUGUGAUAUGAAUGAUAUGAUCAUUCCACCAUAGAGCACUGUCAAGGACUACACCUAAGUAGUUAAAUGUGUUAACCUAGUCAAGGUUUGAUUCUGGUGAUGCGAGAUGCAAUUUAAUAUUUGUAGCUUAUAUUAUAAAA